CGUCGCGCAAGCGCUGCGCAAGCGUGUGGGGCCCGGGUCAAAGGGCGCGGCGUGGCGCCUGCGCAGAGAGGCGUUGGCGGCACGAUGGCGGACAAAGAGAAGAAGAAGAAGGAGAGCAUCUUGGAUCUGUCCAAGUAUAUUGACAAGACAAUCCGGGUGAAGUUCCAGGGGGGGCGCGAAGCCAGUGGAAUCCUGAAGGGCUUCGACCCACUGCUCAACCUCGUGCUAGACGGGACCAUUGAGUACAUGCGAGACCCCGACGACCAGUACAAGCUGACGGAGGACACGCGGCAGCUGGGCCUGGUGGUGUGCCGUGGCACGUCGGUGGUGCUCAUCUGCCCGCAGGAUGGCAUGGAGGCCAUCCCCAACCCCUUCAUCCAGCAGCAGGACGCCUAGCCGGCCUCGGGGCGGGCAGAGAGGUUGCCUUUUUGUAUAGGUUGAAUUUUUGUUUUCUUAAUAAAACUGCAAACCCCAAGCAUUGGCA